AUGACUUUAAAUGUGUUACAAUCCAAGGAUUUUUUUGUCAGCAAACAUAUUGUGAAUAGUGGGGAUAAAAUAAAGACUGCUUCAAAAUUAGUUAAUGCAGUUUCUUUCAGGAAUCAAAAUUUUGAAAGAGUAAAUAUGUUUGACACCACAGCCACAUUAGCUGCAGAUGCCUUCGGAAUCGGUUUUCAUAAAUUAUGUGAUUGUGAAAUAAAACAUUUGAAAAGGUUAUGGUCAACUGAACUCAAACACACACGGAAUUUUGAAGGACUGAAAACGAGAAAACGAAAACGAAAAGCGUUCAAUGUAUUUAACAGGUCUCAGUUGACCCACAGAGAAGGUCUCGACACAAUUAUCGGUCAGUGUAAUGUUAAAACUGACUCAAUCUGCCAAAUAUUUCCUUAG